UCAGAUAGGCAAAAAACAGGGUGCUUGUAUCAACAAUGCAGAGACUGAAUGACUGAAGAAAAAAGUCACAGCUUUGGAUUACAUGCUUUUCUUACACUCAGCAAAUAAUUUAUUUACCCAUAUAUCUCAUCACUGAAAUACCCCAUUCCCUAAAUAAAUGGAAUAUAAUUGUUUCACCAGUGAGUAACAGUGAAAACUGAAAAACAAGCAGUAAAUGUUAAUGAAAUGAAAAAAGGGAGUUGGUUCCUCCUCCGGCAGGGGUCAGUGAUUCAGGAAUUUCUUUUUGAUUUGUCACCCUUUUUUGUACGUGCCGCUGGUUGCUGUUUCACCCUCAUCAAGUCUGCAGGGGGGGUCCUAGUUAAAUCCGCCAUGGUCCAGGACAAUGUGUCUGGAGGUAUGGUUUGUUAUGGGAGCUGUGGAGACUCCGUUAUCGUUCUGGCUCCAUUAAUUCCAAUUCAUUUUAGUUGAGUGUGAUAACUAGCAGCGUCUACUUGUCUGUGCUUUCACAAAUCAGUGUGCUGUUUUCAGAUAAAGAUUGAAGCCUGCUGUGGGAGGCUCCUCAUUCCCUGUCUGUUCUCAUGAGUUUAGUGAGAGUACAAAAGCAGUUCCUCCAAAUUCUGUAACGUAAAGAAAUGUGCUAACACAAAUGAAAUUGAGCUCAUUUUGCACUCUUUAAAGACUUCAGUCAUGCAAAGUUUUUGUUUGGUUUUUGUGAAACAAUUUUCUAAACCAGAGCAUUUGCAUUUAAAACCAGGCGUAUACUUUUAAUUGUAUAUUUUGAAAUAAAAGUGCAUAUAACUACACCAACCUACGGCAGAGUUACUGUAAAGUAUUAACUUUUGUUCCACAAUUCUCUCCUACUCCUCUUUCUGUCUCAUUCUUUAUUUUUCACCCACUGAACAUUUCCUUCUGUUUUAUAUUCAAGGUCGAUUGUAAUCAAAACAGUGCUGGCAGGUUGCUGUAUUGGAAGGAUAAAAGAGUGCACGAAAUUACAUCUAAUCAUAUAGAGAGUGGGCUAAUAACUGGGACAACACUUUAGCUACCUUUGCAUUGUUGACUUACGCGAACCAAAGGAACUCUGUUUCAGUCUGUAACACUGUUUAGGGAGUUCUGGAUGUUCUGGGUCCAGGCGGGCGGGAGUCUCAACUUAAAGCUAUGUGGAGGAGCUGAAAGUUUUGUUUAGUCACAAAAUCUGGACAGGGGAAGUUUAUUCAUAAUUUGUGUAAGGGAGGGAAAGAAAUACAAACGGAUCAAUGGAGGAUGAAAACGUGAAUGGAUGAAAGAAUGGAUGGAAAAACUAAUGGACUGAAGACAAGUAGAUAAUGAUAAAUGACCCGCACUUGUAUAGCGCCUCUCAGAGUAAGGACUCCAAAGCGCUUUACACUACAGUGUAUCAUUCAUCCAUUCACACAUGCAUUCACACAUUGAUGGUGAUGAGCUACGAUGUAGCUACAGCUGCCCUGCGGCACACUGACAGAUAGAUAGAUUGAUAGAUAGAUAGAUAGAUAGAUAGAUAGAUAGAUAGAUAGAUAGAUAGAUAGAUAGAUAGAUAGAUAGAUAGAUAGAUAGAUAGAUGAUAGAUGAUAGAUAGAUAGAUAGAUAGAUAGAUAGAUAGAUAGAUAGAUAGAUAGAUAGAUAGAUAGAUUUUUGAUGAUGGAUGGACAGAUUAAUUGAUAUGCUGAUGAAUUGGUUGACUGAUUGAUUGAUGCAUGGAUGACAUAAUGAAAGGAUGGUUGGAUUGAGGAUGAGUGCAUAGAUGGAUGGAUUGACAGACAAAUGAAUGGAAGGAAUGGUUGGUCUUUGGCUACAGAGGAUGGAUAGAUGGAUUUAUUGUAGAUAAAAGAUGAAUUAUUAUCAAAUUGUGUAAAGUUUAAAGGUUUUACGGUAUUUUGUUUCAGGGCUACGUCUAACAACCAAUAAAACAAUGCCUGCAUUUAAUAAAGCAGAAAUGUUUUUAAAUAAUGAGAAAAAGACUGUUAUUUGAAGCCAGUAGAUUAGUUUAAUGUGGUUCCAGUAGUAAACGUUAUCUCCACUGAUGACUGGUGUAAAUAUCCAUGUUUCAAAGUACACUGCAUUAUAGAAAGUUUUUCAUGGACACACUCAAUAAUGUUUGCUUUGUGAAAUGUAUCAUGUGUCAGGGACUAAAAAUAGCUGUCUGGUGUCUGGGGACAAAGUCAGCAAAACAAUCUGAUACGUGUCAAACUUUAGGUUCGUGUCUGUUUGUUUUUAACAUCUUCACACUGUUGCUUUACCGUUGACUUUUGCCGUCUCCCUGGCUUUGUGCUGCAAAUAUCAGCUCCAUUCACUAUGAGAAAAAACAUUUAUCUGCUUUGUUUUGUUCAUGGGAGCUUCCUUUUCUAAAAGGAUAGAUUUAACAUUUUCAAGGACAAAGGAGGAGUUUGCUUUGUGGGGAGGAAACACAAAUCCGUUUCUCACACUUCGGUCAAGCGACGCUCACGAGUUAGAGAGUUCUCUGGGAUGCAGUAGGGUUAAGAUGCAAAAAACAUCUUGUGCUGAUUAGAUUGUAAAGGUGAUAAUUUGGUUUAGUUACUGUAUUGAUGGAUGUUCAUCUUGUAGCUGAUUGCACAUUUAAGACAGAAGCAUGAAUUUCCAUGCUAGAAGAGUCACUUUGCCUGCCAUCACACCUCUUUGUCUGCAGAAGCGGGUAAUUAAAAUUUAUGAUGAAAACAACACCAGCAAAGCUGUGGAGGUGCCCACGGAUGUCACUGCCCUGGACAUAUGCCAGUUGUUUGUCUUGAAGAAUCACUGCAUCGACGACCACAGCUGGACUCUGGUUGAACACCUCACACAUCUGGGAAUAGAAAGAACCAUCGAAGAUCACGAGUAUGUCAUGGAGAUUCUCUCAGGCAGCGGCAUGGACUCAGACAAUCGUCUUUAUUUUAGGAAGAAUUAUGCCAAAUACGAAGUAUUCAAGAAACCUCUUGACUUUUUCCCAGAUCACAUGGUUUCCAUGUCUACUGAAACUAAUGGGAUGGUGGCUCACUCUGAGCUGAUUGAGACUUUCCUCAAGUCCAGCACCUGCCCAGAGAUCCAUGGGUUUCUUCACGUCAAAGAGCAAAGCAAGAAGUCCUGGAGGAAGUUUUAUUUUGUUUUACGGAGAUCAGGACUUUAUUUCUCCACUAAGGGAACUUCUAAGGAACCAAGGCAUCUCCAGUUUUUUGCUGACUUCAGUGACAGUGACGUCUACACGGUUUUAUCUGCCAAAAAGCUGCACAGCGCACCUUCAGAGUUUGCCUUCUGCGUCAAGCAUACAAAGUGCAGUUCAGCUCGUGACUUGAAGCUGCUUUGUGCGGACGAUGAGCUGACCAGGACCUGCUGGAUCACAGCCAUGCGCUUGUUAAAGUUUGGGAUGCAACUUUACAAAAAUUUCAUUCAGCCACACCAGAAGCAAAAAGCCUCACCAAUGAGGAGCACCUCCGAGAAUUCACUGGUAGCCAUGGACUUUUCUGGACAAAAGACUCGUGUGAUCGAGAACCCGUCUGAGGCUCUGUCUGUGGCUGUGGAGGAAGGACUGUCAUGGAGGAGAAGAAGCUGCCACCGUUUGAGCGGUCAUGGGAGCCCCUCUGCUACUCAGAGUUCAGUGUCAAGCUUAGCAAUCCAUUUGUCCCAGCCAUGGUUUCAUGGUAAACUGUCUCGAGACGAGGCUCAGCGUCUAAUAACCCAUCAGGGUCCCAUUGAUGGAGUGUUUCUUCUGAGGGACAGCCAAAGCAACCCAAAGACAUUUGUUCUGUCGCUUUGCCACAUGCAGAAAAUCAAACACUUUCAGAUUCUACCUGUGGAUGAUGAAGGGCAGGUGUUCUACAGUUUGGAUGAUGGCCACACUCAGUUCACAGACUUGAUCCAGUUGGUGGAGUUUUACCAGUUAAAUCGAGGGACCCUGCCCUGCAAGCUCAAGCACCACUGUACUCAAAUCACCCUCUGAAGUGGGACUCGAGAGUCUCCAGAGGACCCCAAAGCACCUUAACUCUGGCUUCUGGACGAACAGUCCAAGUGGGCUUGUGCCUUGAAGAAAAUUCAUGAAAAGACUUUUUUUUAUAUAUGUGGUACAAAACCCACCCUUAUUUUGUUAUUACUACGUUAUUAUUAUGUUUUUUUAGAAGACCAUUUUCAAAAUAAGCUGUGUAUUAAACGACUACUGGUGCUUUAGAUACCAUGCAACCAUGUUUAUGGUUUAGUGAUGUGUCGCUUCGAGACAGGAAGUCUGUUUUACAAUGUCUAAACUUGACUUCCUGCAGUCACUGUAAAGCUGAAUGCAUUUUGUAAACAGGUAAUGAUUCACAAUACAAUAAAAGAAUGGUUUAACCAUG